AAACACGACGGAUUUCGAGCUGAACUAAAUGAUGCUAUUACGCAUUUGGUAAACAAUCUGCGCGAAACGAGCAACAACAUUUGGAUGUCAACAUUCUGCGAAUCUAAUAGGGAAAGUGUCGGCGAACAGUGGAAAUGCUAUUCUACUCAUUCUUCAAGUCACUUGUUGGCAAGGAUGUCGUUGUGGAGCUGAAAAAUGAUUUAUGCAUUUGCGGCACCUUGCAUUCUGUGGACCAGUAUCUCAACAUUAAACUCACAGACAUCAGCGUGACGGACCCAGAGAAGUACCCGCACAUGUUAUCCGUGAAAAACUGCUUCAUCCGCGGCUCGGUUGUUCGUUACGUUCAACUGCCUGGCGAUGAGGUGGAUACGCAACUUCUACAGGACGCGGCUAGGAAAGAGGCUGUCGUCCCGACUAGAUAAGACCCUUACCUACUUAUAUUUAGCCCUUACCGAAUGUAUGAUUAAGUGUGGAUUUUUGUUUGGUUCCGGAGAAGAUUACGACUUUGUACAGUGGAGAAUUGUAUUUGAAAGGAAAAACUCCAAUGACUGGAUAAUAAACGUUCUAAACUGAA